AUGGAGCCUCUCGAAGUUCCCUUAGCGCCAGAGGCGACGUUCGUGAGGAUGAGAAAGGACUACUCCCGAUCUCUGCUUCAACUUGAGCCUUCGCAGCAGCCUACUUGGGGCAGAGCAAGCCGCGGAUCCUGGAUGCGCUCAGUCGGAUCACUAUUCCUUGUGAUGUUCGCGCCGACGUUGGUCAUCUCCACCACUGUCACUCUUUCUGCAUUCCAAGGCUCUCUCUCCGAGUUCCUGAAGGCCGUUCUACAGAACGGAUUGAUCUCUGUUGUAUGGUCAAAUUGGCCGCAGUUCAGUCUCAAGGUCACGGGCGUGUUUACGCUCUGGGUUAUGUUCCAAGGCAUCCUCUUCCGAUAUCUUCCAGGGCCAACAUACCACGGUCAAAGAAGCCCUGCCGGACAUCUGUUGACCUAUCGAACUAAUGGAUUAAAUGCUUGGUUCAUUACCCAUGCAUUUGCCGCUGCGCUUUGCUACUUCGACAUUUUGGAUCCUGCCUUUAUCCCAAAGAAUUGGGGCGGUCUGGUCCUCUCGAUGAACACUGCCGGCCUAGUGCUCUCUGUCCUGGCUUUCAUCAAGGCGCAUCUGAGACCGACGCAUGCGGAUGAUCGGAAGUUUAGUGGAUCGGUAUUGUACGACUUGUACAUGGGAAUAGAGCUCAAUCCAAGAAUUUGGGGCGAUUUCGAUCUGAAGUUAUUCACCAACGGUAGACCCGGCAUCAUUGCAUGGACGCUCAUCGAUUUGUCCAACAUCGCGUAUCAGUACGAGAUCCACGGACGGAUCGACCCUAACAUUGUUCUUGUUACCAUCCUGCACGCCGUAUAUGUCCUUGACUUCUUCGUCAAUGAGUCCUGGUACCUGCGCACUAUCGACAUUGCGCAUGACCACUUCGGCUUCUACCUAGCUUGGGGAUCUUUUGUCUGGCUCCCUAGCAUGUACACCAUCCAAACCCAGUAUCUUGGACUCUACCCAACAGCCACAUCAACCAUUUACCAGGUCGUUAUCUUCUCUAUCGGAGUUGCUGGGUACAUCAUCUUCAGAUUUGCUUUUGAGUAG